AUGCCCGUGGCAGUGCCGCCGGUCGUAGCAGUUGUGCCCAGCGAAGUCAAGGGCGACAACUUGCCACCAGGGAGCCCGGAUGGUUCGGAGCCAACCAUCCCUCCCAGCAGUCCAAAGGCGCUGCUGGCAUACAUCGACGUGCGAGUUGAAAAGGAAGCGCACGAGCGGCGGGAGGAGGAAUCCAAGCGUGCAGACUUGCAGUUCGAAGAAGCUCGCCUCGAUAAGCUCAAGGAGGAGCUGGCAGCUCGCGAGGCGGCUCUUACAGCACGAGAGGAAGCGUUGGAAAG